UACAAAGAUCAACCCCAAGUCCCAACUUUCACAAAUUCCAAUUCUUUCACACCUUCACCAAUGGAUGAAGAUUUUAGUCAUACUUGUCUUUGUUUGUUCUCUAUGUUAGCUUCAACUAUAGUCUUUGUCGUUGUCUUGAAGCUAAGCAAAAACAGGAACAAGAAGAAACUACCUCCAGGGAACCUGGGGUUUCCUUGGAUUGGUGAAACUUGGGAGUUCUACAAAGCACAAAGAGUAAACCGUUUGUUUGAGGAGUUCAUUCAACCCCGGAUUGCGAAACAUGGAAAAGUCUUCAAAACUCAUCUGAUGGGAUCUCCAACAGUGAUAGUUAAUGGAGCCAAUGCAAAUAGAUUCGUUUUGUCCAAUGAGUUCAAGUUGGUGAUAAGCUCAUGGCCUUCAUCUUCAGUUCAACUCAUGGGAAAGGAUUCAAUCAUGGAGAAACAAGGCGAAAGGCAUCGUUGCCUCAGAGGCCUAAUAAGCACUACUUUUGGCAAUGCAGGGCUUGAGACUCUUGUCCCCAAGAUCUGCAGCUCUGUUUUGUUACAUUUGGGCCAAAAAUGGAAUGAAAAGGAAGGUAUUAGCCUAUACCGUUCAACGAAAACCAUGACUUUCACCAUUGUUUUUGAGUGCUUGUUGGGGAUCAGUGUGAAGCCUGGAAUGCUGGAGACUUUUGAGAGAGUUUUGGAAGGUGUUUUUGCACUACCCAUUCAGUUUCCUGGUUUUAAGUUUUCAAGAGCAACUAAAGCAAGGUCAGAGAUAGAGAGAAUGAUUGUUGAAGUAGUGAGGGAGAAAAGGAUCCAAAUGGAAUCAGGAGGUGGAGGAGUGGGGCUGCAGAAAGGAGGGAUGUUGCUAUCUCGAUUAGUCGCUGGAAUGAUUCGUGGCGAGAUCAGUGAAGAGGAGGUUGUUGAUAAUGUUGUUUUGCUGGUUUUUGCAGCUCAUGAUACUACUUCUUUUGCCAUUACCAUGACAUUCAAAAUGCUGUCACAGCACCCAAAUUGUCAUGCCCUCUUACUCCAAGAACAUCUUGAUCUAAUGAAAGACAAAACCCCAGGAGAGAGUCUAACAUUAGAUGACAUAAAGAAAAUGAAGUAUACAUGGCAAGUUGCUCGGGAAAGCAUGAGACUCUUCCCUCCAAUAUUUGGCUCUUUCAGAAAAGCAAUUGUUGAUAUAGAAUAUGAAGGUUUUACUAUCCCUAAAGGGUGGAAGGUGUUGUGGACGGCAUAUGGAACACAUUACAAUGCAGAGUAUUUUCAAGAUCCUUGGAGUUUCAAUCCAAGCCGUUUCGAUGAGCCAGUGCCACCUUAUGCUUUCCUACCCUUUGGAGGAGGGCCAAGAGUUUGUGCAGGCUACCAACUGGCUAAGUUGACCAUCCUUAUCUUUGUCCAUUUUGUUGUCACACGUUAUGACUGGUCUUUACUCAAUCCUGAUGAGACUAUCACCAUGGACCCUCUCCCAUUCCCAACUCAUGGAAUGCCCAUCAAAAUUUCGCCUAGGUUUCAAUGAAGUGAAAGGAAAAAAAACAUAGAUGAUACUAAUAAAAUGAUAGAUACAUAACAAUUCUUUAAUAUAGUACCUAAUACUGCUAGCUGGCAUAAUUAAUCUGUAGAGCCACUUGUUGGUACCAGCAUUCUUUUGUAAUCUGAUACCCUUUUUAUAAAUAGUCAUUAAAUAUUCAAUGAUUUUUCUUUUUAAACAAUUUUGUAAUGCUUCUAUGUUGAUCUUUUCAAGCUAAAUAAAAAAAUAAAAAAGUAGUGUCAACUUCCAGUACUUUGAAGUCAAAUGACUACUUUGAUUUCAGUGUUGGAAGAUGUGAAUGAGAUCAUGUAGAGACAAGUGCAACCUUGCUUCACAAAAUACCAACAGUGUUUGGUACGGGGAUUGGGGUUUGGUGAGAAUGUCAAAUCUAAGUCAUGUUUAGUAAAUUUAUUUUUAAUGGUUAAGGGUUUGUGUUUUCAAGUGGGUAACCCCCUUAAACACUUGAGUUUCACAUUUCCUUGAUCUAACUCUAACUCUAACUCUAACUCUACUUCCCCAAACGCAAACCUCAUA